AUGUCCAGCCUCCAGGAACUGUGUUCUGGCUUGCCCCUACGACCCCUCCCUGAGAACCGGGGUCGCUGGGCUGGUGUGCCACACGCUCCAGUCAGGACACCUAACCUCAGCCUUGCAGAAGAGCAGCUGGCUCUGAGGAAUGCCCUGCGCUACUUCCCACCUGAUGUUCAGAAACUAUUGGCCCAGGAGUUUGCUCAGGAGCUACGACAGUUUGGACACAUCUAUAUGUACCGGUUCUGCCCCAACAUUGAGAUGAGGGCCUACCCAAUCGAUCAGUACCCAUGCCGGACACGAGCAGCGGCAGCCAUCAUGCACAUGAUCAUGAACAAUCUGGACCCCGCUGUGGCCCAGUUUCCACAGGAGCUGGUGACCUAUGGAGGAAAUGGGCAGGUGUUCAGCAACUGGGCUCAGUUCUGGCUGACCAUGUCCUACUUGUCAAAGAUGACUGAGGAACAGACUCUGGUCAUGUACAGUGGACACCCACUGGGCCUCUUCCCCAGCAGCCCUGGUGCCCCACGAUUGGUCAUCACCAACGGGAUGGUCAUUCCCAACUACUCCUCCAGGACAGAGUAUGAGAAGCUGUUUGCCCUGGGGGUGACCAUGUACGGCCAGAUGACAGCGGGCAGCUACUGCUACAUUGGUCCCCAGGGAAUCGUCCAUGGCACUGUGCUCACUGUGCUGAAUGCUGGUCGGCGGUACCUGGGCCUCGAGGACUUGGCUGGGAAGGUCUUCGUCACCUCCGGGCUCGGUGGGAUGAGUGGGGCUCAAGCCAAGGCUGCAGCCAUCGUUGGAUGCAUUGGGGUGAUAGCAGAGGUUGACAAAGCUGCUCUUGUAAAACGCCACCAGCAAGGCUGGCUGAUGGAGGUGACUGACAGCUUGGACCAUUGCAUUGUGAGACUCAGGGAAGCAAGGAAAAAGAAGGAGGUGCUCAGCCUUGGAUACCACGGCAACGUGGUGGAUCUUUGGGAGCGCCUGGUCCAUGAACUGGACACCACAGGGGAGCUCUUGGUGGAUCUGGGGUCAGACCAGACGUCCUGUCACAACCCAUUCAAUGGCGGCUACUACCCUGUGCAGCUCAGCUUCUCAGAGGCCCAGAGCCUCAUGUCCUCCAACCCAGCUGCCUUCAAGCACCUGGUGCAGGAAAGCCUGAGGAGGCAUGUCUCGGCCAUCAACAGGUUGGCCCAGGAGAAGUUCUUCUUUUGGGACUAUGGUAACGCCUUUCUCUUGGAGGCUCAGAGAGCAGGAGCAGAUGUCCAGAAGAAAGGAGCCAACAAGACAGAGUUCCGCUACCCCUCCUAUGUCCAGCACAUUAUGGGGGACAUAUUCUCCCAGGGCUUUGGGCCCUUCCGCUGGGUAUGCACAUCAGGGGACCCCCAGGACCUGGCUGUCACUGAUCAUCUGGCCACAUCUGUGCUGGAGAAAGCCAUUGCCGACGGAGUGAAGGCAUCCGUUAAGCUACAGUAUAUGGAUAACAUCCGCUGGAUCCGGGAGGCUGCCAAGCACCAGCUGGUGGUGGGCUCCCAGGCAAGGAUCCUGUACUCAGACCAGAAAGGACGUGUGGCCAUUGCUGUGGCCAUCAACCAGGCCAUCGCCAAUGGGAAGAUCAAGGCCCCAGUGGUCCUGAGCCGUGACCACCAUGACGUGAGUGGGACUGACAGCCCCUUCAGGGAGACUUCCAAUAUUUAUGACGGUUCUGCCUUCUGUGCAGACAUGGCUGUGCAGAACUUCGUGGGAGAUGCCUGUCGUGGUGCCACCUGGGUUGCUCUUCACAAUGGAGGGGGUGUGGGCUGGGGCGAGGUGAUCAAUGGGGGAUUUGGCCUCGUGCUAGAUGGGACCUCACAGGCUGAGCAGAAAGCCAGGAUGAUGCUCAGCUGGGAUGUCUCCAAUGGUGUGGCAAGGCGUUGCUGGUCUGGGAACCCCAAGGCCUAUGAGAUCAUCUGCCAGACAAUGCAGGAGAACAAAGGACUAGUGGUGACACUCCCCCACGAGGGGGCAGAUGAACAAGUGCUACGGCAGGCCCUGCGGCCCUGAGAAGAGCUGAGAUCCUCUUGAUGUCCCCUCCCCUUUGCCCUCCCCUCUCAGAUCACUGCCCUCCCAACACUGCAUCCCAGCCUAGUGCUCCUAGUGUCCC